AUGCAUUUUGAAGAAGGUGGCGUUUCACGCGACACAGGUAUAUCGAUUGUGUGUGUAGAGUGGCCGGCAUGAGUGAAGGCCGACGAAUGGGACACAAUUUUCGUAACGGCUCUUUGCGAAACUUAAAACUGUUCGAAUAGACUGAACGAUGAGCAUGAGUGUGAGAUGAUGCCAGGCACGUCUCGCCAAUUGGGAACUUCGAACGGUGGUAAAAACCGACUUCCUUUCAAUUGUUUUUAAUCUUUCUACAUAAUAUAGUGUCGAUGUUUCUGUCAAGGCUGGCAGAUGUUUAAUAUUUCUUUACAAUUCAAUACAAUCAAGAGAUGCAAAGCGUAUCAACAACGUUUUUAAUACACAAUCAUUCUGAUCUUAAUGAAAAUAUAUCCACGUGGCUACGUGUGUACGGAAGUGAUUUUCAUAUCUGUUUACUACAGGAUUGACAGGUGUCUAUGUUCUGCCCUGAGUGGGACACUUUAAUGGAGGUUCACCAUGAACCAAUUGAAAAAAACUAUAAACUAUUGGAAGAAAUUGGCAAAGGACAAUUUGCAAUAGUACGAAAAUGUAUGGAAAUAAAGACUGGAGAGUUUUAUGCUGCCAAAAUUAUGAGAAAAAGACGAGUUGCCAGAGGUGUGGCAGCUGCAGAUAUUGCUCGAGAAGCAGGUUUAUUAGCACGACUAAGACAUCCAAAUAUUGUUUCAUUGCACAAAGUUGUUGAUACAGGCACAACAGUUGUUUUACUUUUAGAAUUAAUUUCAGGAGGAGAACUUUUCCAUUGGGUUCCAUCUGGUGAAUUAGAAGCUGCACAUGUGGUUCGUCAAGUUUUAAUGGCACUUAGUCAUUUACAUUCUCAUCAAGUUGCUCAUUUAGAUAUUAAACCUGAAAAUAUCCUUUUAUCAACUCCACCACCAAUGCCAAGUAUAAAAUUAAUAGAUCUAGGGCUCUCACAUCGAUUAGUACCUGGAUCUGAACAUAGAGCAUUAUUUGGUACACCUGAGUUUGUUGCUCCUGAAAUUGUAAAUUAUGAACCACUUAGUUUGGGAACUGAUCUUUGGGCAGUAGGUGUUCUGACAUAUAUUCUUUUAAGUGGUGCAUCACCAUUUCUAGGCGAAGAUAAGCAAGAAACUUAUGCGAAUGUUGCUGCUUGUCAAUAUCAGUUUGAUAAUGAAUAUUUCAGUACAGUAUCUGAAAUUGCCAAAGAUUUCAUACGAUCCUUGUUGAUCAAGGAUCCAAAAGAAAGAGGAACUGCAGAAUCGUGCCUUAAACAUCCUUGGAUCCUCACGGAGUCGGAAGCCUCUCAAGGUCUUGGUGGAGCAAUGAUUAGUGCUGUUAAACGAGGCUGUGUUGAGGCUGUGUCUCAAUUAUUACUGCAAGGAGCACCAUUAAAUGUGAAAGAUUCUAAGGAAGAUACGCUUUUACAUAUAGCUUGUGAAGCAGGAGACGAAGGAAUGGUAACUUUUUUAAUAGAAAAUGGAAUAGACUUGGAUACCCCAAAUAAAAAAGGCUUAACACCAUUACAUGUGGCUGCUAGAUAUGGUUUCAUUAAUCUUGUUAGACAUUUGUGCCUUGCUGGUUGUGACGUUGAUAAAACAAAUCGUGGAAUUAGAGCAGAUGUGACAGCAAUCAAAUAUGGACAUCCUGAUAUUGCAUCAUUAUUGGAUAAACUUCGAAAUCCCAUUCAACGUGAAAAUUAUAUUAAACAGCUACAGCCAACACAUAGACCAAUAGAUCGUUUACAUAUAAGACUUUUAGGACAUUGUGCAUCAGGAAAAUCAUCUUUAAUAAAUUCUUUAAAAUCGGGUAUUUUUAGUUUUGGAUUUUUUAGAAGAUCAAGAAGUCAAAAUUAUACUGCAAAGAGAGAACCAAGUAUUGAAUUAGAUGUAACUAGUAAACAUGGUUCACUUAGUUUUGAAUAUAGUGACAGUGAAUAUGAAGGUACACAAGGAGUAGAAUGGAGUCGCGGUAAUGUAGGUGGAGAAUGUAUCUUUUGGGAAUUAUGCGGUCGCGAAGAAUUUUUAGCAUCUUAUCAUUAUGUACUUACUUUUCAACAACCUGCUGUACAUCUUAUUACAGUUAGUCUGAGAGAACCACUUACUGUACAACUUCAGCAAGUAAAAUUUUGGUUACGAUUUAUUUCAGAUCGUAUUGCAUCAACUAAUUUUGGUUUUGGUGGUAAAUAUAAUGAUUUAAAAGUAAUUUUGGUUGGUACUUAUGCUCCAGAACCUCUUGCCCCAAAUUCAAAUAGUGGUAGUCUACUUGCCCCACUAUUACCUUUUUUAAAAGAGUUCACUCCAAUUUUGGGAGAUGAACCACAAAUGGUCGCAGUGGAUGCAACUAAUCCUUCUAGUCCUGGUCUGAAACUUCUAAGAUCUUACUUGAAUAAUGCAAGGAUGGAAUUUUUAGAGGAAGGACCGGAAGUUGCAGAAAGUAUUCUCCGACGUGACACGCCGCGGGCUGCGGCCUCGUACGUGCCCUUGACGAAUCUUGAUAAACAGAGUGCACUAGUAUGGACUGGUCUUGCAGAAUCUUGGAGAUCGUAUAUGCAAUCUUUAGAAGUACCUCCAGUUAUGCUCACACAGGAGGAAUUUUUGAAGGAAGUAAGAAAAAUUAAUCCAUUAGUUUCUUUAGAGCAUUGUAGACAUCUUGGAUUACAGUUACAGAAUUUAGGGGAAUGUAUGCUUCUUCCUGGGAAUUUAAUAGUUUUAAGUCCAGAAUGGUUCUGGCAGGAUGUAAUAAAUUGGCAAUUAAGUUUAGAACAACGAGGACGUCUUGGUGGUCGUACUACAGGUGUUUAUGCUUUAGAAGAUUUUCAGGCUCGUUGUCCUUGUCCUGCAGGACAAGCUUUGCAAGCUUUACAAGCUGUAAAUUUAUGUGUACCAUGUGAAGUAGAUGAUGAUGAAGUAGAAUAUGAAAUACCAUGUUUGAAUCUUGUUGAGCGUUUACCAGGAUUAUGGGAACCAUGGAAACCAUGUUCUAAUGUUUUGCCUCAUACUGGUCUUCGUCUUUGUCCAUCCGAAGCACCAUUAUAUCAUUUGAUUGCAAUAUUUCCACAUUUACAAGCACAAUUAAGAAAAAUUACUCAAACAUGGGAUCCAUCAAAUUCAGAUUUAUAUCAAUGGUGGAGAGGAUCAAAAUUAUGUAUCGGUCCUUGCGAAAGUAUUAUUACUUUUGAAGAAGAAGAGCAGAGUUGUAUAGAGAUAAGAGUACGUGGACCACGAGGUACCAGUGCCCAAUGUUUUGCUCUUUUCAGUAUUAUUCUGGAUGCUAUUGAAACGACAAUUGAAUUAGUUGCUCCUGGCAUGUUACUUGAAAGAUAUUGGCUAAGUCCUAGUCAACUUCGUGAAUAUGAUGAGAUAAUAUAUUCUUGGGAACCAACAUCAAUUAUAUCAGCUUUAAUUGAUAAAGGUCUUGAAGAAGCAACUCUUAAAAAUCCUUUAAAUAGUCGAGAAGAAAGUAUAUGGGAAAUAGUAGGUUGUGGAUUACCUUUAAUAGAAAAUUGUCUUCCUGGACCAAAACAACCAAUAAAACAAAUUAAAGCUGCUGUGCAAAGAAGAUUAGCUCAGAUGCUCGAUCCUCCUGAUCGUCAUGGAAGAGAUUGGUGUUUACUUGCUGUAAGAUUAGGUUUGGGAGAUCGAGUUGCUCAGCUAGAUAGUACAGUAGACAGUCCAACAUUGAGAUUAAUUAACACGGCUGGUGCUGAUUGCACUGUAGGGUCUUUAAUACAACAAUUACGAGCUCUUGAUCGAGAAGAUGCUGUACAUUUAUUACUCUCUUAUACACCAACAUAUAUAUUAUCAACAACUACUGAUUCUGAGACAGGAUCUAAUCUUUCUAGAUGACAAUGUUGCAUUUAUCAAUGGUGCAUUAAUACUUUCUGAGAUACGGAUUUCUGAAAGAAACUUUCAUCUUUGUUAUGGGUUUAAUAGACUUACUACGUCAUCGCUUCCGCCCAAUAUAAAUUGUGCAUUGCUCUUAAGUACAUAAUUAUAAUAUAUUGUUUGUGUACUUAUUUAGAGGUAUAUUGAAAUGCACAUGCACUGAUGUGUACUUUUAUAUCAAAAUAUUAGAGCACACUUUAAGCGGCACAAAAAGAUUCUUUUAAUAUAUUCCUUUUAAUAUAUACAUAUACACUUAUAUAUAGUUAAAAAGUUGCAUAAUUUCUG